AUAUACAAUAUAUUGUUAUAAACUAACCAUUUUCUAUAAAACUGUCGCGCUCUCGCCAUCUACCAGGACAGGAUUCAAAUAUAAAAAUAAAUAUGUGUGUAAGAUUAACAAAAUAUCUAUCGACAAAUAAAAAAAUUCUAUAAAUAAAUUCCAUACAAAUUUCAUUAGACGGGAAUCGUGAUAUUUUUAGUACGAAUUGUCCAAAGUUUUUUAGAAGAACUAAUACAGUGAUUUUUGUGUGUUAAUAAACUAUUUUAGAAGUGUAACGAUUUUAUAUGGAUAUAAAGGAUGAGUUUUUAUCAAAAGAAUGAAUUCCUAGGAGACGGCAGGACUGAAAGUUAUAGCAGUUUCGCAGGAGCAAUUAGCUCUCGAGAGCAGCUAACGCAUAAAGACAAAGAUAAUGGUAUAAAUCCUGUAGAAUUAAAAGACUUCCAGAAGUCCAUAGAAGCCGGCGAAUAUGACCCUUACAUCUAUAGAGAAGUAAAGCAUCCCACAACGAAUAUGGAAACUUUGUUUCACCUUCUUAAAGGAAGUUUGGGAACUGGCAUCCUUGCCAUGCCAUUAGCAUUUUACCAUUCAGGAUAUCUCUUAGGAAUCAUAGCUACAGCUCUUAUAGGACUUUUAUGUACGCAUUGUAUACACAUAUUGAUUAAAUGCGAAUAUGAACUAUGUAAAAGGAAGAAAGUACCUGUAAUGACUUAUCCAGCUACAGCUGAAGCAGCUCUUCAAGAGGGACCUGAAUUUUUUCAGAAAUUUUCUUCAAUAGCUCCGCAUAUGGUAAACAUAUUUCUACUGAUUUAUCAACUAGGUACAGGCACUGUAUACACGGUAUUUAUUGGUGAGAACAUAAAAGAAGUAUUAUUAUCCCAUGGUGUUUCAAUUGACUCACGAUGGGUGAUGUUUGCCGCUCUAAUGCCUCUAAUACUUUUAAAUUAUGUCAGAAAUUUGAAAUAUUUGGCUCCAUUAUCCACUACUGCUAACUUUGUGACAAUUGCAAGUUUUGGAAUUAUUGGUUACUACAUGUUUUCUCGAGAGUUUUCGUUUGAGGGAAAGGAAGCAUUUGGAGAAAUGAAAAAUUAUCCCUUGUAUUUCGGAACAGUUUUAUUUGCUUUAGAAGCAAUUGGUGUGAUAAUGCCGUUGGAAAACGAAAUGAAAACCCCACAAUACUUUGGAAGUACACUGGGAGUUUUGAAUAUUGGUAUGGCAGUCAUAGUAUUGUUAUAUACCAGUAUGGGAUUUUUUGGAUAUAUUGCAUAUGGGGACAAAGUCGGUGGAUCGAUUUCAUAUACAAUUGGAAAUGAAUUACCAGCUCAAAUUUGCAAAAUAAUGUUGUCAUUUGCAAUAUAUAUAACACAUGGUCUUCAAAUGUAUCCUGCUAUCGAUACAGUCUGGAAUCAAUAUUUAAAGACUUGGAUAGGCAAAAGUGAUCUUCUGUUAUUUUGGGAAUAUCUCACGAGAACUCUGAUGGUACUUUUUUGUUUUGGAUUGGCUAUAGCAGUUCCAUACAUCGAGCUGUUCAUAUCCCUAUUUGGUGCUUUAACACUUUCUGCUUUAGGAUUGGCUAUACCAGCAAUUCUAGAUCUCAGUACAUAUUGGGAUGAUUUUCAAGGGAUUAGAGGGAUUUUAAUAAUUAGUAAAAACUGCUUAAUCAUAUUAAUAGGUGUAUUUGGGCUUAUCAUCGGGACUACUACAAGUCUUGGCGAAAUCUACAAGAAAUUUGCGCCAACGUGACAUUUAUGUGAUAUAGUAUUGUUUGUAAAUAUUUUUUCGAUAAUGUGAAUAGUUUUUUUAAAUUAUAAUAACAAUGUACAAAGUAUGGGCUAAUUGAGCUCUAUAAAAUAAGAAUAUAUAUAUUAAUUUUAUUUUGUAACUUAUCUCAUCGAAUUCAAAUUCUCUUUUAAUUAUAUUUAAUCAACGCUUCA